AUGACCCAGAUUUUGUUGGAUGAGAUGAUGCAUCACUAUUCCCAAGUUACAGACAGGGUGGAAAGAGCGGAUGGGAAGGUUGAGACACGGGUAUGCUCACGAAAGGAACAAAAUCACAGCCCCAGUAAUAAGGCCAUGGUGGCCAUACCAGAUGCUUUGAAAUCUGGAAGUGUACGGGUUGUCAGAUUACUUCUUGCUGUCCCGGGAGUCGAUAUCAACCAUGAAUAUGCACGGGCGCCAUUGAUGAUUGCAGUACGGUCUCAACCACCAAAUAUUGAGAUGGUCAAGGUUAUUCUGGCUGUCGUGGGAGUCAAGGUCCAGAUUAAUGAACCUCAAGACCGGGAGGGGAAUACUGUGCUCAACUGGGCUGAUCACAAUGGAUGUGAUGAAAAAAUUAUUCAAUUACUCAUCGAUGAGGGAGCGCAGCGAAUAGAUGAGCCACUCAGGUCUCAAGUGGAUGUUCCGCAAGAUGGGCAAAUAGAAGGACCACUACUGAGAAAUGCUGCCACUCUACAGGCUUUGACCUGUGGCCCGUUCAACUUUAUGUCUCCUUAUGCGCCAAUUCAAUAUUGA